AUGACAAUAAAGGGCAGCAAGACUCGCAGCAAAGGUACCUCUUCUGAGUCUGCGGUCGGGUCUCUUCUCUCGUCAUCAUCGAUCAAUCUGCUCAAGGGGAAUUCGGACCCUUUCAAUGCCUAUCCGGUCAAAAUCAAUCCCGAAAUUAACGAGCUGAUUGCAUUUUAUCGAGAUUAUCUUCUUCCCGCACAGUAUCAUGUUCCUUCGACAGCAUGGGUCAGCUCCGCAAAUGCGAAAUUGGACUGGACUAUCUGUAUCUCGACACUUCAAGAACCAACUUUGGCAAAGGCCUUUAUUGCCCGUUCUGCAACGGUUGCAGCUGUGCUCAACCCCGCGUUGCGGACACUGGCUAUGCGAUAUCGCCUUCAAAGUAUUCAGGAGUUACGGGUGAGACUGCUAAACCACGCGAAUCAAGUCGGUAGUGACAUUAUUAUCCUCCAAAUCAUUAUGCUACAGAAAGCUGAAAUCGUGGACAAGAAUCUGACAGCUGCUGCAGCACAUGCAAAGAUACUUCAAAACUUGUUCCAGGAGCAGCAGCGAAGGAAUCGCACAGUGAAUUUUACACUUCUGCAAUAUGCCCUCUGGAGUGACACUCAAGUUUCGUCGAUCUUCAUGACUCCUCUCGCAUUUGAUGUUGGGCCCAGCGGCUGGGUAGUAAACACGAUGCAGCCCCUCUGGGCUGCUGCUCUAGAGCAGCUCAGAUCAAUCCCACAGUGGACCACCCUUCGAGAUGAUUCGGAAAAAUGCCUUGACCCAAGUGUUGAAGGUGCAGAGCUGAAAGCAUUCUUUAUCUCUCGGAGGACGACUCUACAGACCUGGUUACAUUACGGCCUCAAUGGUCUACCCGUGCCACCACUCAUAAUGUUGUGGCUAACCACGACCGCCUGUCUCCAGCAGGGGCGGAUGAUCAAACACUAUAUUCAGGCCGUCCACAAAGUUAUACAGGGUAUGUCUCCGUCAUCAGCAAGUGGAGAAAAAGAUGGGGACUCUGUGGAGGGGAAAGAGUAUUGGUAUACCCAGCAAUAUUUGAUUCUUGCAGAAUUUGUCUGGACGCAUCAUUUAAGCUACAAAGUCGAGGUCUGUGGCAUAGACCUUUUCGAUAUGGUGCCGACGCAACUGAAGAAUCUUCGGGCGGCGCUGGAGCGUGCUGAAGAUUUGAGUCGAGAUCUGACACACCACUGUUCACCAAAAUAUCAGAAUGCUCGCCUCUGGGCCCUCUUUAUCGGCGCACAUGCCGAAUGGUUGAAGUCAAAAUCCAAGCAGAAAACUUCAGAGCCAUUUUCACCAUCGCAUAAAGAUCUCCUCGAGAUGAAUCAAGCGGAGAAGAAAUCACCUCGCGCUAUCAAAUGCUCCAGGGACAACGAAAACUACGACUGGGAGAGCUAUAGAGAGAUAAGCAAUCGAUGGUUUUCAACCCGACUGGCUCGCCAGGUGCGGGACAUGAAAAUGUCGAUAUGGGAGGAUGUCUACCCUGUUCUGAGGGGAUUCAACUAUGCAGAUGUAAUUCAGCCGCUGGGAGAAGAGGUCUUCAACCAGGCUAUGGAUAUGCUCUGA